AUGUCCGGAUUGGAAAUACCAUCGGCUCAGAUCAGCACUUUGCUCCAACAAAUCAAACCCGGCGGUGUUCUCGAAACCACAUUUCUCAAACCUGCGCGCGGCAACACGUUCAUCUACGACUACGAAACGAAAGGCUUCGUACAAGAGAAGUCCAGAACUGAUACCUUCAAGAGCAUCGAUGAGAUUCCAUCCUUCCUCCAACGUGCACCACAGACAAUUGGUGAUGCAGCAGACGCCAACGAUGCCGACGGGGAAGUUCCGCCUCCUUCGCCUCAGGCUGUUGAAUUUGUCACCAGUAUCAAUCUUUUUGAGCUUCCAUUCAAGAAAUCCAUGAUCAGUUUCGUCCUGCCAAUGGUUUUGCGUGCUAUUACCAAAGAACAUCUCCACUCUUUGUUGUUUGAGGAGAACAAGACCACAACAACUGGACGUCUCUUGUGUUCAGAAAAAGGUCAUAGUAUACUGUUCGAGACACCUGAAGACUCAGUUCCCUACCUCUAUCUUUCGCUCAAGGGAGUCGAAACAGCCGGCAUCCAAAGGCGAUGGCAGGCCAUGCUUGCCUAUGACGAGGAGGGCGAUUGGAGGAAGCAUAGCUUUGAGAAGCUCGAAACGUAUAAGUACACGCAUGAUGUCGACCCAAGCACAACCAAAUUUGGACCCUUCGACGCUUUUGCUUGUAUGAUUCGAGACCUCGUAUCGCAGUACAUCAGGGUCGUUCAGAACGAGGCAAAUGCAAUCAUGGACGACAUCAAUCGGGUCGAGAAGUCUUUGGAAGGGUCUCAAGCUUUAAGCAAAUUGCUUGGCCAACUCAAUACAAUCAGUCGCACGAUAAGAGUUUCAAGCCUUGAGAAACAAUUCAAAUUCAGCAUCGAUGCUGCGAAAUGGGCAAACGGAGCCCUGAGACCAUCGAGCCACACACUUGUGGGUUCCGACCUGCUACUGUCAGCUCGUAAAAUGGAAAAGUACCACCCAGAUCGAUUGAAGGAAUAUGUUGAGCAUUUACGCCAGCGCAUAAACGAGGUCGCUGCCGAAAAACAGCAAGAUAGAGAUGAGCAGCGCCACGAGCGAGAAGACAAACGCCAAAAGGAGAAGGACAAGCGUCACGUGCAAGAGGAGGUGCGACGUGAAAAACGGGAACAGGAACGACAGGAAUUCGAAAUCGAGCGUCGAGAGCUGCUCGAACGAGCAGAAGCUCAGCGAGAGGAAGACAGAGCCCGAGCCGAUAGGGAAUGGCAACUUCUGGAACGGAAUACCAAAAUUGCAGUAGCAACUCUGCAAGACAGUCGCACCAUGAGUGGCGUAGCCUGGGUCACCAUGGCGUUCCUUCCAGCCACCUUCGUCUCCUCGUUCUUUGGCAUGAACUUCUUCAAUGGUAUCGCAGGGAAAGUUCCAUUUGAUGAAGCGAGCCGCAGCGUCUGGUUGUUCUUCGCGAUAGCAAUACCCACCAGUGCUUUUGUUCUGCUCACGUUCUACUUUUGGGACAAGCAAGAGUUCAAGAAAGAUCAGCAGGAAUCGACGUUGCACAAGCUACAGAGGCGGAAUUGGGACUGCCAGUACAGCACGGCAGAGUGA